CACUGACACUACUCAUCUCAUCUCUCAUCUAUCUUCCUCUCUCUCUCUCUCUCUCUCUCGUUCUCUUUCGACCCAGUUUCCUAAUAACUCUAAAGCUUUUUCUGGUUCUCUUUAUUUUUUUUCUGGACCAAAAGCUUUUUCUGGUUCUAUAUAAUAUAUAAUCUGCCUUUGAUUUGGCAAAACUCAGACAGUUCCACACAACUACUUGGUCAAGAUUUGGAUCAAACUUGAGAGCUUGAGAGAUUUCUUGAGGAUUAUUUCAAGGAAGGAAGAACUAGUGUUGUUACUUUCAAAGGAAAUGGACCAUUCAGCUGCAUAUGAUGAUGAUACUACUUUGGAUCUUAAUUCCAGGCCUCUCAGACUUUUCGAUGAUACUCCGAUGAUUAAACAAGAGGUGCAUAGCAAAAUAUCGAUCGACUUUGGGAGGCAGCUUUCCUCUACAGAAGAGAGUGGUCGUCUAUUGGAAGAAUUGCACCGGGUGAGUGCCGAGAACAAGAAGCUAACCGAAAUGUUGACGGUGAUGGGAGAGAACUACAAUGCUUUGAGAAGCCAACUGUUGGAGUACAUGAGCAAGAACCCAGAGAAGGAGCUUAGCCCAAUUUCAAAGAAAAGAAAGUCUGAAAGCAGCAACAACAACACCAACAGUAACAAUAUCAUGAAUGGAGCAGUGAAUGGAAACUCCGAAAGCAGCUCCAGUGAUGGCGAAUCGUUCAAGAAACCAAGGGAAGAGACCAUCAAGGCAAAGGUUUCAAGGAUUUAUGUCCGGACCGAAGCAUCUGAUACGACAAGCCUGGUUGUGAAAGAUGGAUAUCAAUGGAGGAAAUAUGGCCAAAAAGUUACGAGGGAUAAUCCUUGUCCUAGAGCUUACUUCAAAUGCUCUUUUGCUCCAAGCUGCCCUGUCAAAAAGAAGGUUCAAAGAAGUGUUGAGGACCAAUCUAUUUUGGUGGGAACUUAUGAAGGUGAACACAACCACCCCAACCCUUCCCAAAUUGAAGCAACAUCGGGCUCAAACCGCUGCAUGACCAUAGGAUCGGUCCCUUACUCAACCUCCCUUGGUUCAUCUGGACCUACAAUUACUCUUGACUUAACCAAAUCCAAGUCCAGUACUGCUGAUGCCGAGGGCACAAAAACAAGAACUGAAACACCUGAAGUUCGCAAAUUUUUGGUUGAGCAGAUGGCUUCUUCCUUGACGAAGGAUCCCGAUUUCACGAAAGCACUUGCAACAGCCAUAUCAGGAAGAAUACUUCAACACAAUACUUACUAAAACCAUCGAAAUGGUGAAUUUCAAUUAAGAGCAUUGGUGUUUCACUUGUUAGACUGCUUUUGAAGAUUAGGUGCAUUUGUAAAUACAACAGUGGAAAAAAGGACACAACCUUUCUAAUUCAAUCCGCUUCAGGGGCAAGAUUUCUUUGAAACUUGGACUGCAAUUUGCAGCCUAUGUAGUGGCUACUAGUUCAGCUAAGACGCAUUGAUCUGCAUAAUAGUAAAAAUGAGCAGAACUAAACAGCUAAAGCUUUUGAAUUGUAUGGUUUCAGCCGAAAUGGCUUUUGUAUCUCUGAGAACCACUGAUUUUAUUCUUGCUUCAAACGUGGGCAAAAUGCCAGCAAAACUGUAUCAUUGUACCUGUUACCUUUACUAGUUUUCCCCCUAAAAUUUUUCUAUACAUGUAUAUCAAAUUUACCAUAGGCCAUAUUUCUAUAGGGAUGUUGGAAUUAAUGCACUUCCUUAUUCCCAGGAACUUUAACGUUAAGAGUCUAGACAUUUCCAGCAAGUUAGUGUAUUAAAGUUCCUAAGCUAUGUCUGUUCAGUUGUCUAGUAAGAACUCUCGUCUUUUUUAUUUUCUUUAUAAAGCCUUUGGCUUAUCAAUUGUAAUCAUCAGAAAAUAAGAAAUACAAGAUCUCUGCUGUAGCAA